AGCUACGCUGCACAGACACACAACUAUCUUCCCCGACUACGGCUUCUCCCUUCCGCGAGCUGACCACGGCGCGCAAACUCGAUCUCAAUGUGCAGACCUGAAUAUCUCUCAUGCAAUUAUUUUAAAAACUGAAAAAUCUCUAUCCUUGAGAGAUUUGGGAGGAUCCUCUUAUUCUUCCUGUAGACCCCAAAUGACUUCUCCAUGCUCUUUUCCCCUAAAAGCCACAAUCCCCCCAAUAAUUCAUGAGACCCCAGACACCAACAUUCCACCUCCUUUACCCCUAAAACCCCCGGACUUAUCGUUACCAUCCCCUCCUUGUAGUCUCCAUACGUCCAUUUCAUCCCCACUCCCGCCCCCUCCUCCACCACCUCCUCCACCCCCUCCCCCUCUACCCUCUGCUGUGGAGCCUGUUCUCCCUCGUGUCUACGGCCUGAAGAACAGCCAGCUCCUGAAGGAGACCUUGGAGAAGGCUGACCCAGCCCCCAAAGGCAAAGAGGAUGUGAAGAGGCUCCUGAAGCUGCACAAGGACCGGUUUCGAAGUGACCUGCAGUGGAUCCUCUUUUGUGCUGACCUGCCAUCACUCAUCCAGGAAGGCCCUCAGUGUGGACUGGUGGCCUUGUGGAUGGCAGGAGCUCUUCUGUCAACACCUGACAGCGUCUCUCUGGAAAGACUCGUGCAGGUGGCCAAAGAGAGAGGCUACACUGCACAGGGAGAAAUGUUCUCUGUGGCUAACAUGGCCAAACUGGCCCAGGAGACUUUGGGCUGCCAGGCUGAGCUCCUCUGUGGUGGCUUGGGUGGUCCCAACAGAGACCGAGUUCUCCAGCACCUCAUCACUGGACAUCCCCUGCUCGUUCCCUAUGAUGAGGACUUCAACCAUGAGCCGUGUCAAAGGAAAGGCCAUAAGGCCCACUGGGCAGUGAGUGCAGGGGUUCUGAUAGGUGUGCAGAAUGUGCCAAGCCCUGGCUACAUUGAAGACUCUGAGUUGCCAGGCCUCUUCCACCCAGUGCCUGGUGCACCCCACCAACCACCAUCCUUCCCAGAAGAGGAAAGCUCCCCAGGUGCCAUCUUCCUUCUCUCCAAGCAGGGCAAGAGUUGGCAUUACCAGCUGUGGGACUACAGCCAAGUCCGGGAUAGCAACCUGCAGCUGAAAGACUUCUCACCCGCAAGGGCUGCAGAUGGACGGGUGUACGUGGUACCUGCUGGUGGGGUAGAGGCUGGCCUCUGUGGCCAGGCCCUGCUGCUCAGACCACAGGAGGGGAGCCAUUAGCUGGAACUGGGACACCUACCAUGAACUUAACUCCAUCAGCAUUAGAAUGCUUGAGCUUCUUCCCCUAAUGUGACAUUUUCAGUCCAGUUAGUUUCAUUUGAUGAUAGUAUCUUGAAGACCGCCUACCCGGAAAUCUUUCACUAGAUCACCCCAUUUAUGGAGUCACAAGCUUGACCACUGUCCAAAGUCUAAACUAGUAACCUCCAGAAUCAAGCAUUCCUUUGGCUAAGGGAGACUUGGUUUUGUGGAGGGUUUUUGUUUUUUAAAGCAUGUUCUCUGCCUUGCGGGUGGUAGCACAUACUUCUAAACCCAGCACUCAGGAGGUGUAGCAGCUGCUCUCAACCUGUGGGCCAUGCAGCCGGACUUGUACUACUGUGUUUCUUCCACCCUUUCCACCCCCUAAUGGGAGACAGGAGAGAAAAGGAUGGAGGGGAAAGGGGCCAGCAUUGUCCUUCAACUACUUCCUGCUGAUUGGGGUAUCAAGUUCCUUGGGUCAAGUUUGAUCUUUGCUGUCAGGAUAUCUAAUGUCUUC